AUGGCCUCUUCAAACUGCACGCGGAUUACAUCACUUUUCAUUUUAAUGAUGCUGAGCUGCUGUGGAGUGUUCGGGCGCGCGGUGGGCACAUCGGAGCGUUUGUCACGGGAGCCACACGAAGCGACUUUACGCACGGACCGGUGCGCGGAACUGGAAGCACCUUGGCUGGAGAACACGCAAGAAGCUCGCGUGGAUAGCGGGACGCGUUUGGAGAUCCGCAUGCGGCACUUUUCCGCGAGAGCUUCACGUGGGUUGGUUUUUCCAGGAAAACCUCUGUUCGGCUUCGUCCGGCGCGUCUACCGCUGCUGUCAAGAACGAGAAAACUGCAGGAGGCUGAAAGGGAUUCAAGGUCGCAUGAGAGGAGAUACGGGUGUGGAGUUUGUCCUCACCAGGGAGAUCAUGUCAUUAACGGUUACAAGAGCCGAGCUUCACCUUCAGCUUUCCAACCCGCAACAUCUGGACAUCCGCCCUGUGCUUCCAUCCAUGGCGAAGCACAAGCUUCCUACAAGGUACACUCUGGGGUCACGGGGUCACACCGUGGAAUUGAGAGUGGACCUGCUGUUCCUUUUCCACAGCGCACAGGAGGUCAUGGGUGGUCGAAGGCAGGGCCCCAGGUUGACAAACAUCUGGCGGGUGGCAUUUUUGUCCGGUGGAGAUCCGCCGGGUGAAAACCCCUUCGUAAAUGAUCCGCAGGACAACAUGUUGGGGAGUCGUCCUCUGGAUCUGGGCUUGGUCCUGGGUUGCAGUCAGGGUGGAACUGAGGUGUCAUGUAGAGCUGGUGGUGUUGACUUGACGCACGCACCUUUCAUGGCUCUUUAUUUUGGAUCAGGUUAACAGUUGGACCUGACUGUUUUUGCAUGGCAGCAUUCAUCAGUCUAUUGCCAUUACCAGCUGAACACAAAAGGAUGCACUUCAAAUGUCAAAAUGAUUAAUUUAUAGGCUAAAGCUUAUGUAAACUAUCUAUUUCUCUCUCUAUAUAUGUAAAUAUGUACAUUGUAAAUAUGACAUACUGUAAGUUUGUGUAAUUUUGUGGUUAUGAGACUUGGUCCAGCAGCAAACCGCGUGGCCUCCUCAGUCUGCUUUGUUCAGCAGCUGUCCUCCUUUAGCUACGCAUGAAUCUGCCUCGUGCUUCUAUUUAAAGAAGUUUUCACAGUUGGUGGGAAAAGAAGAAAAAAAACAACACCUGGACAAACAAAGGGCUUGCACAUGUGCUGCGACCAUGCUGAACUGAGCUGCGAUUAUUCUGUUCAUUUGUGAGGACGUAUGGUUAGACCCUCGGACCCUGUGACACUUUU